GCGGCCGGCUUCGACAAACAGGGCGAGGCUGUGGACGGGCUGUACAAGAUGGGUUUUGGCUUUGUGGAAGUAGGGACUGUAACGCCCAAGCCCCAGGAGGGGAACCCCAGACCCAGAGUCUUCCGGCUGGCAGAGGACGAGGCGGUCAUUAACAGGUACGGAUUCAACAGUCACGGCCAUGUUGCAGUGGAGCGUAGGCUGCGGGCCCGCCAGGAGACGCAGCUCAGGCUCACUGAUGCGGGGAUGCCCCUUGGAGUCAACCUGGGCAAGAACAAGAGCUCUACUGAUGCUGCAGCUGACUACGUGGCUGGGGUCCAGACACUGGGCCCUUUGGCUGACUACCUGGUUGUGAAUGUGUCCAGCCCAAACACGCCAGGGCUGCGGGACCUGCAGGGCAAGGCUGAGCUACGGGACCUGCUGACCAAGGUGCUGGUGGAGAGGGAUGCGCUGCCCUGUGAGCACAAACCAGCCGUGCUGGUGAAGAUUGCUCCUGACCUCACCGCGCAGGACAAGCAGGACAUUGCUAGUGUCAUCUGUGAGCUAGGUGUGGACGGGCUGAUUAUCAGCAACACCACCGUGAGCCGCCCCAGCAGCCUCCAGAGCAGGCAGCGCACAGAGCCCGGGGGCCUCAGCGGGAAGCCUCUGCGGGAGCUGUCCACGCGGACCAUCAAGGAGAUGUACUCCCUCACCCGAGGCCAGGUGCCCAUCAUCGGGGUGGGUGGGGUGAGCAGCGGACGCGAUGCCCUGGAGAAGAUCCGUGCUGGAGCCUCGCUUGUGCAGAUGUACACGGCACUUGUGUACCACGGGCCGCCGGUGGUGGGGGCAGUGAAGAGGGAACUGGAGGAGCUGCUGAGGGAGCAGGGGUUCAAGAACGUCAUGGAGGCAGUUGGAGCAGAUCACCGGUGCUGA